AUGGACACUGACUUUGUCGAAGAAAUUGUGUCCGUCCAUUCUGGUAACCAAACACUUGAUUUUGAUAGUAAGGACAAUAUUUUAUGUCCAGGCACUGUUGUUGACUCUAUUGUCAAGACCGAGUUUUUCAGUCCGGAUGACAUUGACGGUUUGUCAUCUGACGAUUGUUUAAUACAAACCAUUGGGUCCUCGUAUUUCACCAACAGUAGUACACGCACAAAUGAGCUCAAUAAUAUGACUAGAGCGGUCAUGGAAUCUGUGCCAUAUGCCGAUGGGUUACAAUACUUAGCUGCCAUAUCUUCAUUCAGUGAUAAUUUUAAGGAAAUGGAUCAACAGCAGGAAAUCAAACAAGAGCCUGUUGAUUUAUUUGAGUCUAGUGAUGAUGAAGUCGUCAAACAAAUGACCCAAGAGGAAUACCAAAAUUAUUUUGAUGUCCAAGAAGAAGUAGUUGUUCAAGAAUGCCCCGAGCAGGAAAUAAUCACUCAAAGUUGGGACAUGAACCGCUCUACCGAUAUUAACAACAUAUUAGAAACAGAUGUUAAAUGUAUGUCAUCAACUGUUGAUGUUGACAUACCAAUACCUGAAGGCGAAGAAGCUUCAUCUUCUGUUAAUCCAUAUCCAUGUGAUUUUUGUAGUCGGAGGUUUAAUCGAAAAUCACAUCUUAUGAACCAUAUGGUUACCCAUCAAUCCGAGCGUCCCUUUUGUUGUGCAUUAUGUGGUGUCCGUUAUCGUCGUAAAUGUGAUUUAGCCAAUCAUAUGAAAAUUCAUAUUGGUCCUGAUAAUCCAUCAGAUUGUGGUUUAGAUAGCCAAAAUGUAUCUGUUACAAAAGUAAUGAACAAAUUAAUGUUCAUGGAUCCAAUACAGAGAAGGAGUGUUACACCUGGUGAAGAUUCUGAAGAUAAAGGAGACAUAUAUCAGGAACAAAGUACAAAAAACCGUGGCCGUGGUAAAGGUCGGGGUAGAGGAAAAGGUCGUCCAAUGAAAGAUCGCUUAUUUACUCUUGGUUGGAAUUCAGAAAUUUACUCAAAACCACAUACAUGUAACCCAUGCGGAAUUUCAUUUACACGCGAAAAAGCUCUUCUUAAUCAUGCUCGUCUUAGUCAUGUUGAUGAUGGUGUAAAUAUUGUGACUACUCAAAAAUCAAAUUCAGAUAGUUACGAGCUUACAAUAUUGUCCAAUAAUAAAUGCAAUGAUUCUUACUCUUGUGAUUCAUGUGGUGCAGUAUUUAACAGAUUUGAUUUUUUAAAACGUCAUCAAAGGCAGCAUAUGAAAAAAGAACUUGGAAACGUUGAAGAAGAAAUAUAUGAAGAAGCACAAAUGUGUAUACAUUGUGGAUUGUUCUUUAAGUCUAUGUCUGAGUUAGAAAUGCAUACUGAGCAACAUUUGAUUCCUACAAAUAUUUCAGAAAAAUCAAAUUGUUUAGCUUGUGGUGAAACAUUUGAUAGUACAGAUGAGCUGUCUGACCAUGUGUCUCAAAUUCAUACUGAUUCAUUACCUGAAUUUUCAUGUAAACUUUGUGCAAAACCAUGUAAAGACGAUAAAGCUCUUCAAAAACAUUUAAUGAUUCAUGACACAUCUGAUAAUAAUUGUAUAAUGUGUGGUAAAAGAUUUCAUUCCAGAGCACGUCUUAAACGACACAUGGUAACUCAUCGAGAAAAAGGAGUUGUUUGUGACAUAUGUGGUGAAGAAUUAGCUGACAAACGAGCACUUAUUAAUCACAAAGCUAGUCAUUCCAAUACUGUUAGUAUUUCACGAAAUUCAUUGACUGAAAAAAUAUUUCCUUGUACUAGUUGUGGCAAAGUAUUUGGAUCUAGAUCAUCUCAACAAAUACAUAUACGAAUACACACAGGAGAACGGCCUUAUGGUUGUAGAUAUUGUAACAAAGCUUUUGCUGAUGGUGGUACACUUCGAAAACAUGAACGAAUACACACUGGUGAAAAGCCAUAUGCUUGUCCUGUCUGUCCAAAGGCUUUCAAUCAAAGAGUUGUAUUGCGCGAACACAUACGUGCACAUCAUGCUGGAACUGAGGCAAAGGGUGGUCAAGUAAAUUUUUAUGAAUGUAAAGUGUGUGGUUAUUUGUUCCGAUCUUCAAUGGAGCUUUGUUCACAUUUAGUUCAGCACAGUGAUGAAAAUACUAAAAGAUCUAGAGUAGUUCCUGUUGGACCUCGCAAAUAUAAGCGUCGGAGCAAGUUGGGUAAUCGAAAAGAUACAUGGUGCUUAGUAGAAAAAGUCUUAGUUAUGUCAGGACAGUCAGACACAGAGAGCUGUGAAGAUGAACCAAUACCUACAGCGGAAGAGCAAGCUGUACAAUCAAUUAUGGAACAAGAUGAUGUGCCUUACGAUCCUCCAUCUGUAGCUAGUCCUCCUAAAAGGCCAGUUAAAACCUACAAACUUGUUAAUGGCAGGUUAGUGAGAACUGAACCAAAGGCACAAAUGAUAAAUGAACCAAAAAACGAAGUUGUCAAAUCAGAAUCUAUACCAAAAAAACAUUGUUUUGUACUUAAAGACGGAGAGUGCACUAGAACAUGUUCUACUGUUCUUUAUUAUUCUUCAAGAUCUAAUCCAUCAGAUAUGGAUUCAUUAUUAGGAGAGGAAUCGAAAGAAAAUGAUAAUCCAGAAGAACCUGAAGAUCAGAUAUCUGUAGAGGAAGAUGAUUUAACAGACCAUACAUUAGAACGAGUUAGUAUAGAGUCAAUAUUUAACGUAGAAGAUUUAGAUAACAUUGGUGACAUUUGUAACAUUGAUUUUCCUGAUGAACCUGGAGUAGAAUAUUAUGUUGAAAAUAAUAGUGAAUAUGAUGAUCAUUUGUCUUUAAUCGUGGAAAAUGUUGAUUCAAAUAGUGAUUGCGUGGUUGAAACAGAACUAGUGUUUGAUACAGAUUAUGUUGAAGAGGUUGGUGCUAAUAUUGAGCUUAGUACCGAAGAAAUGGCUCCUGUAUUUGCAGAAGUUAUUUCUUGUGAUAUUUGCGAUGAAGUAUUUGAGGAUAGAAAAGAGCUUAUGAGACACAUUCAAACCAUGCAUAUUGGAUAA